AUGGCACUGCUAUACAUUAAAAACACCAUCUUUCCAGCCAAGAAACAACCCGCCUUAUUACCUUCGUUCAAGAAGCAACAACAAUAUGGCGCUUGCGACACAGCAUCAGAGAUAUCUCAAACUGGUUCAGAUUCUUCAACUUUGAAAAGUGAUACAGGCAGUCACUCGUGUUCGUUCAGAGUCGACCCUCGUAUCAUCUCUGACGCCACUAUUGGACUCUCGGAUGGUUUGACUGUCCCCUUCGCACUUACGGCCGGCCUCUCUGCACUCGGCGACACGAAGCUUGUCAUCUAUGCUGGUUUGGCGGAACUUUGCGCGGGUGCCCUCUCGAUGGGACUGGGAGGUUAUCUGGGUGGUGUAAGCGAGGCACAAUCUUAUGCAGCCACAUUAGCAGAAACGCAGAAGAUCGUGAAUCAGGACCCGGAUGAAGCCAAUCAAAUUAUCAAGUCAACUUUCGACUCGUACGGUCUUUCGGAGGAUGUUCUGGACGCUUUCGCUACACAAAUCAGCUCAUGCCCGAAGCGAUCAGAGAGUUUUAUCAUGCGCUUCCACCACGACCUGCCAGAAUCUCAAGCAGAUGCCUCACGCGCAUACAUCUCGGCUCUUACUAUCGCACUCGGUUAUUUCCUCGGUGGACUUGUCCCACUCACUCCUUACUUCUUCGUGAGCAACAACCAAACUGCUCUUUGCUGGAGUAUCGGCGUCAUGGCCUUUGCGCUAUUUGUCUUUGGCUAUGUCAAGACUCUCUUGGUUGGUGAAAAGAAACGACUGCUUUGUAUCAAAGCAGGCGUCGAAAUGAUGGUCUUGGGAGGUGUUGCAGCAGCGGCAGCAAUGGGAUGUGUCAAGGCGAUAGGAUCAUGA